UUAAACUAUAUGUAUAUGCGCUAAGUAAGUACAAUUCGUCCGUGUAUUUUCUUUCGAACUUGACCUCGCUCGUCCGCUGUGGUAGUCCUCUAAUGGUGAUCCUCUAAUAAUCCAAUUUCGUUUAUUGACUAUCUUAAGAGAAACAUCAAUUAAAAGAAUGGCUGUGGCUAUCAGAACAUUUUCAAAAUUCACAGUCAGAAACUGUGGUAAUUUAUUGCGUACCCAAAUAAGGUUCAACUAUGUAGAUACUAGGAAAAAUUUAAAAAUUGAUUCCAAUACCAAAGUUAUAUGUCAAGGUUUCACUGGCAAACAGGGGACAUUUCAUUGUCAACAGGCCAUUGAAUAUGGUACUAAAAUAGUAGGUGGUGUUAACCCCAAGAAGGCUGGUACAGAACAUCUAGGAAAACCAGUUUUUAAAAGUGUGAAGGAGGCAAAGGAAGCUACAGGUGCUACUGCAACUGUAAUUUAUGUUCCUCCUCCAGGUGCAGCUGCAGCUAUUAUGGAGGCAAUAGAUGCAGAAAUGCCAUUAAUUGUAUGUAUUACUGAAGGUAUUCCACAACAUGAUAUGGUCAAAGUUAAAAGACGACUUUUGGAACAAAACAAAUCUCGUUUAAUUGGACCAAAUUGUCCAGGAAUAAUAGCUCCAGAGCAGUGCAAAAUAGGUAUUAUGCCAGGACAUAUACAUCAAAAAGGAAAAAUUGGUAUUGUGUCAAGAUCAGGAACAUUAACAUAUGAGGCUGUAAAUCAAACUACCCUUGCUGGUCUUGGGCAAACACUUUGUAUUGGAAUUGGAGGUGAUCCAUUUAAUGGAACAGACUUCAUUGAUUGUUUGGAUGUAUUCCUUAGAGACCCAGACUGUGAUGGUAUUAUAAUGAUUGGUGAAAUUGGCGGCAGCGCAGAAGAAUCAGCGGCGGAAUAUCUCAUUCAAAAUAAUACUGGAGGUAAAGCUAAACCAGUAGUGUCGUUUAUUGCUGGUAUUACUGCUCCACCCGGUCGAAGAAUGGGACACGCUGGAGCUAUCAUUUCAGGCGGAAAGGGAGGUGCUCAAGAUAAAAUUAAUGCACUCGAAAAGGCUGGUGUAAUAGUUUCAAGGAGCCCUGCGCAAAUGGGAAAUGAACUUUUGAAAGAAAUGACACGUCUUGGCUUGGUCUGUAAUUAAAGACACAUGCCACUAUAAAUAUACAUAUGUAGUUUGCUUCAUAUGGAUGUAUCUUCAUACAAUAAAUUGAAAGUAUAAACAA